GGCGGAGGCUGGUGCCCCAGUACCUGCGCGAGGAGCAGCACGGCGGGCGGCCCUUCUUCGUCAUGCGCAGCCUCACCUGCGGCAUCGGGAGCCCCGUCAUCGCCGACCUCAAGCUGGGCACGCAGUCGUGGAAGCCAGACUUUCACGGCAGGCCUGGGGCCGACGAGGCGAAGCGGACGAAGAUGGACUACCUCGACCGCGCCUCCACCACCAAGCAGCUCGGCGUCCGCGCCACCAGCAUCCAGAUGCCUCCUGACCCCUCGACGUGGCGGGGGGGCCACGCGCCCUCGGACCCGGGCGCCUACCAGCUCGGCGGGCGGGCGGCGGUGAAGCAGGGCCUCGUGAGCGGCGACGACGCCUGGAAGCGCGGGUCGACCGUCGGGGAGUUCGAGAUGCUGCUUAGGGCAUACCUUCCAACGCCUGCGCUGAGGAUGGAAUUUUUGGAGAAGCUGGAGCCCUUCAUACAGACCUUCUCGUCCCAGAAGACGUACCGCUUCACCGGACUCUCGCUUUUCGUGUGGUACGACGCCCUCGCUGCUGGCAGCGAGGAUCCGAAGUUAGGCAUGGCGAUGAUCGACUUCCCGCACACCCUUGGCAGUCCCAGCGAGGAAUACGGCGAGUUGGAUUCGGGAGUGCUCAAGGGCCUUACUUCGCUUCGCGACAUCGUCACAGCCCUGGAUGUUGAUCCUGAAACUGAUAAUCCUGUGAGUGAGGAGCCCGUGAGGGAGGCCUCGUUCCAAGGGGGACACGCAGAAAACCUAAUGGAUGACGAAGAAGCCUGUGAGUUCAAGAAGACGCACGGCUUGGACCACAUGGACCGCUACAGAGUCGAGCUAGAUUUCUUGAAGAAGGCAAGGAACGAUCCUCUCUGGCGGAAGCUGGUGCCCCAGUACCUGCGCGAAGAACAGCACGGCGGGCGCCCCUUCUUCGUCAUGCGCAGCCUCACCUGCGGUAUCGAAGACCCCAUCAUCGCCGACUUCAAGCUGGGCACGCAGUCCUGGAAGCCGGACUUCCACGGCAGGCCCGGGGCCGACGAGGCGAAGCGGGCGAAGAUGGACAAGCUCGACCGCGCCUCCACCACCAAGCAGCUCGGCGUCCGC